AACAUCAGAAUAACAUCACAUAACAUAACCAGAACAUCAGAAUAACAUAGCAAUAACAUCACAAUAACAUAGCAAUAACGUAACGAUAUCAAUGACAUAACAUAACGAGAACAAUAAAAUCACAUAACGUAACCAUAACCAUAACAGCGCGCCAUGGGCUCCGCAGCAGCGCAUGAGGAAGUGAUCUCAGCAUGGCUUUAAUUUCCUGUUCAAACGUAUCGUCAGGACGGGCAGAGGCCGUGCGAUCCGGGUGUAGGGAGGUCUGAAAGAUGCCCGUUUGUGGAUCCAUGCAUUAAGGAUUUAACCAUGUUUUUCUGGGACAGUUCGGCCGCGGGGGAAGAAGCGUUCAUAUCUGCGGCUGUGAAGACGAGCAGCGACGAGUGACUGCCAAUGGACAGCUCGGUCACCCUGUGGCAGUUCCUGCUCCAGCUGCUGCAGGACACCAGCAACAAGCAGCUCAUCUGCUGGACCAACGAGGAGGGGGAGUUCAAGCUGCUGCGGGCCGAGGAGGUGGCCCGGCUGUGGGGCGCCCGCAAGAAUAAGCCCAACAUGAACUACGACAAGCUCAGCCGCGCCCUCCGCUACUACUACGACAAGAACAUUAUCAAGAAGGUGAAUGGCCAGAAGUUUGUCUACCGCUUCGUGUCGUACCCGGACAUGCUGACGGGGGACACCGGAGCGCGGAUGGAGGGGGGCGAGGCGGCGGCGGCUUCAGCAGGCCUCACCCCGCUGUCCGAGCAAGGGGGGCUCGACGGGGCCCCACUGGACGGUGAGCUGUGCGACCGGGACCAGAGGGCCAGAGCGGCCGGCCAGAGCUCCGGCGCGGCCAAGCAGUCCAACCGCAACGACUACAUCCACUCGGGCCUCUACACCUCCUUCACGCUCACCUCGCUGCAGAAGGGCCGGCAGCUCUUCAAGUCUAUCAAGAUGGCCGACCCGGCGGAGAAGACGGGUGACCGGAGCUCGGGGGGCCCCCCCACCCCGACCCACGCCAACGCCGCCCCCCCGGGCCCCGGGCCCCCCUCCCCUCCCACCUCGCCUCAGCAGCAGCAGCAGCAGCAGCCCUCGGUGUCGCCGACGGUCAUACGCUUUGGAAACGCCCAGCCCAAGCCGGCCGCGCCCUCGGACACGCCCCCUCCGCAGGUCACGGCGGAGCCCGGAGCCUCGUCCAAUCACACCAUGUAUCCCCUCCAAGCCCCUCCCCCAAGGGCGGAUGACAUCCUGGCGCACUCCUCGGCGCUACCAUCUCAGGCUGUGUUCUACUUAGAACAGCUCCGCCCCUCAGAACACCACCACCAUCACCACCACCACCAUCACACCCAUCCGCAGCAGCAGCAUAUCGGCCUAUCACAGCUGGCCUCCCGGGGCACCUCCCCCAAUCGGCUGCCUGACUCCUCCCAGGAGCUGGUGAUUGACAGCGACCUGGAGUCCAUAUCCUCUCAGUCUCAGGAGAUGAAGGCCAGUGAACAAAUACUAACCACGCACACACUAGCUGACUGUUACACACUGGCUGACUGUUACACACUAGCUGACUGUUACACACUGGCUGACUGUUACACACUAGCUGCUUGUUACACACUAGCUGCUUGUUACACACUAGCUGCUUGUUACACACUAGCUUCCUGUUACACACUAGCUGACUGUUACACACUAGCUGAUGUUACACAUUACCGGGAGGCGGACAGCGGUGGCUCCAUGUCGGGGGGCGACGCCGACAGCAGCAUGUCGUCCAUCUGCGGCGGCCCCGCCUCCGCCGCCGGAAAGAUGCGCAAACCGCCGAAGGUCCUGGAGCUGAGCGCGCCCACGCUGCUGGUCACCGCCUCGGACUUCUCCCCCAUGAACAUCUGCAGCCCGUCGCUGCCCACGGCCACGCUCACGCCCGCCAUGCUGCAGACGCCCACCCUGCUGCUCACCCCCAGCCCCCUGCUGUCCAACAUCCACUUCUGGAGCACCCUCAGUCCGGUCGCCCCCCUCAGCCCGGCCACGCGGCGCCAGGGGGCCCACCUGUUCCAGUUCCCGUCCGUGCUCCCGCCGCAGUUCCAGAUCCCCGUGCACAGUCUGGACGGGACCAACACGCCGGGCCCCAUCUCCCCGGACCCCCAGAAGAUCUAGGACCCGGCCUUCAGCGGCCCACCCGGAGACGACACCAGACAUUCCCUCGCGCUUCGGGCCUGCGACACGAGACACUGACCCGAGCUGGGCUGCAGGAACACAAAUACCGCCAUGCGACGCCACCUCUUCCUCCUCCUCCUCCAACACGCCCCGCUGGUGCUCGUCAGUUGGGAUGAAGCUAAUGGCGUCGCUGACACCGAGUCCACACUGCAGUGGGGGGGGGGGUUGACGUGAACUGUCUGUCAACGUCCGUCACCACCACUGGACCUCUUGGUUCUCAGGACGGCAUUUACAGAAGAGCAUCAUUCCCCUGUCAUAGUAUUGGAUUACUUUCUCAUGGCUCGCCACCAACAAAAAGAAGAUGUAAGGUGAUCCAUUGCAAUGGUCAGUUCAGUUGUGAUUGGGACACUGAGUUGGGCUUUUGAUGAAGAACACGGUUUGACUGGAAGCCGGUCAUCGCUGUCCACACCCGAACCCCACCUUGUUGUUUGUGUGUACUGUCGAACGGCAUGUCUGCGGAGAACAACCUGCUCUCUCAAGUGUAAUCCCCAAGUUCAAACAGCAAGAGGAUCCAAUUGUUCUUUGUGGGACAUGCAAGUUAUGCUCAUAAUGCACCGAACAAUCAACUCCAUUCACAGCAUAAUCCACAACUGAAGUGACAUGACUUCAUGUCAUGAGUUUUAGACUCCUUCCUAUAUUAUUUUUAUAACUGUGUUGUUUUGUAAUUGUGAUAAUUGUGCUUUGGUUAAAAUGUGUGUUUUACCUUCCCACUAUGCCCUUGCUAAAGGGCAGAACUUGAUUGUCCUACAUUGUAUCUAUGUACCUAUGUAUCGUUUUAUGUACAGUCUUUACUCUGAAGUUAAAUGUCAAAACGUUGCCAAGGUUGGCUGCCUUCAGCACAGCAGUCAAAACUGGCUUUAUAUUCGACCAUGGCCCAAAUCCAGCUGAUCUUGUUCACUAAAAGCAGUUGAAGAUGCGUUAUUCGUAGCACUUAAAGUCAAUUAAGCAAGGAAUCGAAUUAACCCCCUUAUUUUGUGUGUAUUUCUCUCUCGCUCUCUCUAUCUCUCUCUCUCUCUCUCUGUGUGUGUAUAAAUAUGUGUUUUUUUCAGUGAAUAUUCUCUGGUUUGCAACAAUGAAUCUGUGGUGCUGCCCUUUUCUUAAGCACUUAACGAUUACACGCACCAGGAAUAAGAUCAAAUCUCGCUGUUUCUGACCUGAUAGUAGACGUGAUGUUUAAUGGAUGGUCCCUACCUACCUUAUGUACAGAAGAGUGCCCUGUGUGUCUCCUGAGCUCUCAGGUAUUGCAUCAGAGACCGUGGAAAGCCAUAACCCCCUACUACUAAACCUUAACCAAAAACCUGGAGAGCCCUGGCGGGGGGCUCGCAUCUCGACUGCCUAGCCUUAACCUCUCCCCCCUCCCCUGGGGGUCUUUAACCACCGGACCCCCGCCCUGAGGACUGUUUCCGCUCUCCGGAGACCCAUUUUGAAAUGGUCUCCAUGCCAUUUGUAUACCGGUGGAUAUUAUUGAGCCAUUACCGAUGUGUGUCCCUUUAUUAGUGUCUCUGUCCAGGCCCUGUUUGUAGCGUGUUUAGAGCCAUCGAUGUCAGUCUGUUCCUGUAUGUAAGUGGUUGUUUACAUGCAAUGCUUGCACAUGAUCAUACGUGACCCUAACCAUUGAUCCAGCCCAGGAAAACGAUUACCAGCAACCAUUUUUCUUCCUCCAAUUAUAUAAAAUCCCCCCCCCCCCCCCUUAAGCCGACCGUCUGUUAUGCAGAUGGGUGCCUUAACACAGACUUUCUCCCAAAGCGAAAUCCCGAACCCCUAUAUAGUGUAGUUCCUCUGAUCAAAUUGCAAUGGAAGAGUUUAUUGACAACCUAUAUUUGUAUGUUAUUGUCUAUUAGGGUGUUCAUAUGACACACACAUGUUGUUGCUUCGACCAAACCAGAGCCAGUGGACCUGGUCCCUUUCUCUGGUUCUUUCCAGCAGAAAUAGGCCAUUACCUUCAUACAACACAGCUCAUGUGUUGUGCACUUAACGGAUCAAUUGUUCAGCAAUAUGCCUGCAGCAUAUUUCCAUAAUGAAGAUUCAUGUCCCUGCCCCCCUUAUCUCCUGCAUUUAUCUGUGUGAUGAUACAUGCAAUCUUUUCUUUUUUUUUUACUAUAAUUUCAUAAUAUCGUUUUUUGAAUCAAAACUGUGUGUGUCUUGGUGUUUUGAUUUUGUAAAGCCCAGCUAGGGAAGUGGUGGCUCUGCAAGGGUUUCUGUUGCCAGUCUUAACUCUCUGAUUUGCGGCCGUGUUGUCAGCUUGUGUUUUCCUGAAUGUCAUUUUGAUGGUGUGAGAGUAGCCACUGGCUUUCUGAAGGGGAGACUCAAACCGGCGGCCAUGACUCAAACCUCUCUCAGUCCUUUUGUUCCGGCUCUCUUUAGACUGUUUCGAUGCUGUUAGCUUGCUAUCCUACAUAUUGUAAAUGCAGCGUUCGGAGCGUUUACACUUGAUAUUUUGGGAUUCCUGUAGUAUUGGAUUUGAAUCACUUUUUCUAGAAGUUAAAGAAUGUAUUCAUGUUAAACGAUGCUGUUGGUAGAUUUUGACAUUGGAGCCAGAAGUAUACCAUCCAAACCAAUGUAGGCUAUAAAUAUGCACAAAGAACUUUAUACGCUAAAGAUAAACGUUCAAAUUCAACUUUUUAUAAAAAUGUUACCGUAUAGAUUUACAUUGACACGUUGUGUAUGGCCGGAAACAAGCUUUGACCUAUUUUAUCUAUUUAAAUAAAAUUGUUAGAUUAUAUUGUACUUUUGCAUUAUAUUUAAAAGAAACAAUCAAAUAGCCGUAAGAUGAUUAUGAUACCUAUCUUCAAUGCCCGUUCUGUUGUACAAAGUGCAUGUUUGAUUCAAUAAUAUAGUUGACUGUUCAUAUUUCCGUGAACUUUCCCUUUUUCAAUGUAAAAAACAAAAAAAGUUUUACAUUUGUUGAAAAGAAAUGACUUCAUUACUUUUGUCCAGUUCUCUUUCUUGUUCAGUUUUAAAUGUUUACCAGCUGACGUGCCAUAUUGACAUGUGCGUGAAAAGGAGCAUUUAGCUAUGUCUACUCUAUAUGAGUGAUUAAACACAAGUUCUCAGCCA